AUGUCUACUCUAACAGUUCUGGAGCCUACCUUGCGGCUAGACGCACCUACAGUCAAGUUACAAUCACCAAAGCAAGCAGACAGGCAACUCCAGGUCGUGAUUCCGGAUUUGUUCUCCUCGAUCAUGGCUGUUGAGCCCACCAUCAAUCCUCAUUACAAAGAUGUCAAGGCCGAAGCAGAUGCGUGGUUCAAAAGUUUGUUGCAGUUGAAAGGGAAAGCAGAGGCGACUUUCAACAAGACCGACUUUGGAUUCGCAGCUGCUGUAUGGGCCCCUUCAGCAGACAAGGACAGGUUCCGCACAGCUGUCGACUGGGCAAAUUGGAUAUUCUAUUUUGAUGAUCAAUUCGAUGAAGGACAUCUAGCAAACGAUCCAGCUGCGGCGCAGGCAGAGAUUGAUUCCAUACUCGCCAUCCUGGAUGACAAGCCAACUCUUGCUCAGACCGACAAGCCACUCAUAUAUGCUUUUCAGUCUAUUUGGGACAGAAUAAAGGCGGUAUGUAGACCUCUGCUACGCGAACGUUGGAAAGAUGCCCAUAAGAAAUACGUCGAGGGGUUGAUCUAUCAAACUCAGCGAACAAAGCUUGGUUCUGCUGCCUCCGCAAGCGUGGAUGAAUACAUGAGUUACCGAAGGGAAACGAUCGGUGUUAUAUUGGCUAUUCGACUGGUUGAAUAUGCAGAGAACAUCAAGCUUUCCCAAGCUCAGAUGGAUCACCCGGCACUGCAGUUGUGCACUCGAACGAUUGUAGAUCUCGUGAUUCUCUCAAAUGACAUCUUAUCAUACAAGAAAGAAGAGCUCAAUGAUGCAGGGAACAAUCUAGUCACAAUACUCAAGGCACAGAACCUCUCCGAUCAGGAGGCAAUGGACAAAAUAGGCAGAAUGCUCGACGCUUGCUAUGAGAGUUGGUACAACGCAAUGGAUGAGCUACCAGUUUGGGGGGCAGGAAUCGACCAAGAGGUGCGCAGAUAUCUGGUUGUUUGUCGUAACGUGGGUCUUGGCAAUCUUCACUGGAGGUAA